UUAAAUUUGCCAGUCAGCGUGUACCCAUCCCUUACCAGGCUCGGUUGAGACUCAACCGCUUUCCUUGUUGAGCCUGCGGCGGCCGAAGCCGAGACAAACGUCUUGAUAGAUGGAUUUUAGGGUAUAGCGAAAAAAAGAACGCGGGCGAGCUUUUUCAAUUAAUUAUGUUUUCCAAAGGCAAAGGGUCCGUUGUGCCAUCGGAUAACCAGGCACGCGAAAAGUUAGCGUUGUACGUCUACGAGUACUUGUUACACAUAGGAGCACAGAAGUCGGCACAGACAUUUCUGUCAGAGAUCAGAUGGGAGAAGAAUAUCACACUAGGAGAACCUCCAGGCUUUCUUCACUCAUGGUGGUGUGUUUUCUGGGACUUGUACUGUGCUGCUCCUGAGAGAAGAGAGAACUGUGAACACUCAAGUGAAGCAAAGGCCUUUCAUGACUAUAGUGCAGCAGCCGCCCCCAGCCCCGUCUUGGGCAACAUGCCCCCGGGAGAGGGCAUGCCAGGAGGACCCAUGCCACCGGGAUUCUUUCAGGGCCCCCCUGGUUCACAGGCAUCUCCUCACGCUCAGCCUCCCCCUCCUAACAGUAUGAUGGGACCCCAUGGCCAGUCUUUCAUGUCGCCACGCUUUCCUGGAGGCCCAAGACCCCCAAUCCGCAUGGGCAACCAGCCUCCUGGAGGUGUACCCACUGCCCAGCCUAUGCUCCCCAACAUGGAUCCCAUGCGAAUGCAAGGAGUGCCAAUGCAGAGGAUGAACAAUCCCAGAGGAAUGGGCCCCAUGGGACCGGGACACCAGAAUUUUGGCGGCGGCAUGAGACCUCCACACAACGCAAUGGGCCCUGGCAUGCCAGGAAUGAACAUGGGACCAGGAGGUGGGAGACCACCGUGGCCCAACCCUAACAAUAACAAUAUGCCUUAUUCAUCGCCCUCUCCUGGCAACUAUGGGGGGCCUCCGGGUGGAGGACCUCCUGGAACUCCCAUAGUGCCCAGCCCUGCAGACUCGAAUAAUUCCAGUGAAAACUUGUAUACCAUGGUGAACUCUGGUCCAGGGAACAGAACAAACUUUCCAAUAGGCCCAGGUUCAGAGGGUCCUCUUGGAGCCAUGGCAGGAAUGGAUCCCCUUCACCUGAAUGGAGGGUCUGGAGAUUUGGAUGGUCUACCCAAGAAUUCGCCAAACAAUUUAAGUGGCAUGAGCAAUCCUUCUGGAACUCCGCGAGAUGACGACGUAGGAGGCAGCUACCUUCAUUCCUUCCAGAGCGAGAGUCAGUACUCCCCCUCCAUGACGAUGAGCGUGUGAUGAUCUGUCCACCCUGCCCUUGGAAACGCAUAAUUUGACCGCCAUACGUAAAUACUGGACAUGACCAAAUACAACUGCCGUAGGCCCCAAGUUUUUGUUACGUGCAGCGUGUUUUGGGGGGUUAUCAAUAUAUUUUUUUUAUUUCUGAAAAGGACUUUGCCAUAAAGCUAUGGACUUUCCUAAUGUGACGACCAGUUUCUUGAUGUGUUUUUUUUUUUUUUUUUUUUUUGGUCUGACGCCCCACCUACCAAGUGUACUUAUGGAGUGUCAGCAAAUGUUUUCCGCUGCAAAGUCUACAGCUGGAUGCAUGUCUAUGUUUUUUUUAUUUUUCCAUCACUGUUUUUAUUUGCAUUUAGCCCAAAAUCCCCACUUCCCUGAUAUUUCCAACUUGUCAUUGCCGGACUACAGCAUGGCGGUAAGAGGACUAACUUCAGAUCCGGAAUCGCUAAUAUGUGGCCUUCAACUGUGUGUUAUAGUUCACUUGCUUUUAAUUAUUUUGUUUUAACUCUCCCCAACAUGAAACCGAGAACAAAAGGUCAUAGUGACAGAAUAACACCUUUCAAUAGAAGCAAUUACCGUUGUAAAUGGUUUUUAUUCUAUAUAGAUAUUUUUAUCUUCAAGAAUCUUCCAUGCUGAUAAGAAUCGCACCAUCUGAGAAGUUCCACGUUUAAUAAUAAUGCUCUGCACUGAUUUUAGCCUGACCGUUUUACGACUUUAUACGAGGUAUGACUGCUGUGUUGUGAGGAGCACCCAAACUCUUAGGAACGACAGAGUAUUGCCCUCCCUGUCUGCAAGUGUACUACCUACAAAUCAGUCCCCUUAGAUGGUGGCUGACUGUACCGGACCUAGAGGCCUGACGUGAUCCGGUUCAGGUCCAGUCAACUGCUGUGUUGUGGGCUGCUUUGAGUGCCCUCCAGUUCACUCCUCAGGUUUGCGAAUCAUCAUCAUCCUCCGCAUAGGUGUGUGUCUGCGCCGGGUCCUCGCACGUCGUAGCAACUCCAUUUGUUGCAUUGUUAGUGUAGUCGGGAGCUGAUUUAUUAAGGCAGUUAUGCAGAGUAUAAUUAAUGAGCCCCCCUGAUUAUUUCCUUUUGAACACCUUUUUGAAGUUAGCAGUAGCUCUGUACUCUCUGUCAGUAAGUGAAGAUUUUUUGAGACAUUAAUUCAGAUCUUUCUGCCAUACUAUUGUUAUUUCCACUUGGAACGUUUCAUCCAACAUCCACAAAUAUAGUAUAGGAUAUUUUUUAAUUUAUUAUAUUUAUGUGAACAAUUGAUAAUGCAGAUGACUCCUUUUUGUUUUACGUUGUUGUUGUUGGAUGGUCCCUCUUAAACCUGGUUUAGGGGAAAGGCCUGUGUGUAUAUAAUUUUAUGACUAAAUUAUAUGUCUCCUUUCACAUGGGUAUUUUUUUCUUUCCUUCCUUCUUUUUGGUCCCUUUUUUUCUUCUGGACGGUCACUGCAUGCUUUAGCAAUGAGAUGCGUACAUUAGUAGUAGAAAAAGGAAAACCCUAAUCCUGAGCCAGGGCAGACCGUACAGAUGUCCUUAGAUGUAGAGGUAAAAGGGGAAUUCUGUAUUUUCCAGUUUGCAUUAUGAGUUGUUUGUAUGAAUUCUUUGUCACCAAACCCACAAAAGUGAAAGCCUACAGUAAAUCCCAUGAUCCUGAAGGCCCAAUAGGACAACCCAGAAAGCAGCUGGCUUCGGGACUGGAUCCACGCCGCAUCUUUGGCGGGUCCAUUCCAAAAUUAGCUGCAAUCUAGGGAACCAGGACAUCGUAUAUAAGGGGGGGAACAUCAGAACAAAUAAUGAAAUGGAACCUGGUUCUUAAAUGGUAAUGAAAACAUAGACAGCAUUUUUAUUUUUUUUUGCUUUUGAACGGUCCUCUCUUUGCAAUACUGUGCACUGUUCCUGAUUCUGAUUUAUUGAACGUAAAGUAUCUAAAACAUUAUUAAACCCAUUUCUACUGCACUGGUUAUAAACCCAUCAUUGUGUGUAAUAAAAAAAACAUUUCAGAGACAUCAUCCUAUAAAA